UAUUAAACAAUUAACCACAUCUAUCUAUUCCUAUACCAUGGCUGAACCAUUUGUUGCCCCAUAUGGAGGCUUGUUGACGCGUACUGUUGACGAGCAAAAUGCAAAAGAAGCAAAAUUAAAGGAACAAAGUGUCACCAUUACUGUGAAUGGGUUAGACGAAAUCAUCCGCCCAGAAGCAAUUUGUUUGCGAGGUGUUGAUUCUUUAUCCACUGAUGAUAUCAAGCUGUUUGUAGACUACUACAUCAACUAUGAUGUAGUUGUGGAACAACAGCUGGAAGACCCUACCCAACCUAACCGUAUCACCUACGAAGCACACCCAAUUGAUCAACAACUUAAAUAUAGAGUACAAUGGAUCAAUGAUUCAACUGUUAAUGUAGCAUUUGAAAAUCAUGAAGAUGCUAUUAAGGCUCUUGCAGGAAUUUCUAUUACUCCAGGUAACCCAAAUAUUGAGAAAAGUCCUGAAGAAUUGGCCGAAUUGUUUUCACUUGCUAAUAAUGUUCAAGAGCGUGAAACAAAACCCUACUCGCCAACUAUUGCCUUUAAGAAACAACAAGACUUAAGUAGUAGAUUAGGUGAGGUUGGUAAUAACCAGGAAAGUAAUCCAGAUAUGGAUUCUGGGAAGAUGGAUGAGGAUGAUUCUGCCGUUGUUAUCUAUGCUAGACAAUCCUUCCAAUCAGAUAGAAAAGUGAAAAAUGCAAGCACAUAUUCAAGAUAUUACUUGCUUCAUGGUGAACCUGAAAGAGCUCCUAGAAGACAUCACAGACAACCACGUCAAAGACGUCAACGUGGCGAACGUAAUUCUCGCGAGCAACGUGAAGAAGCACCCCAAGAACCUGAAGAGGAUCUUUUCGCUCACAAGUUGAGAGAUCAACCUCAAGAAGAAGAUUUAUUUGCCCACAGAACAAGAGAUAGAUCAAGAUCACCUACCAGAAGAAGAAAUGACGAAGAAGAAGAAGAUUUAUUUGCUUAUAAAAUGAGACGUUAGGGGAGAAGGGCCGGACCUCCAAAUCAAAGUCAAAUGUAUUAUUAGAAAAAAUUCCAAACAUAAAUUUAGAAUGAAGUAAAUUUCAAUGUAGAUAAUACAUCAUAUAUCUAUAUAAUCUAUAUUAUCUUUUAAUUCUUAUUAUUCAUUUUUCUAUGUAUUUAUU